CGGCCUCUUUCCCGGGGUGUAGGGCGUGAAUGAAGUGGCUGGUGGGCGCGCCCGAUUCGACGUUGCGGAGGCUUCAAGAUGGCGGAAGCCCUGACAACUCAGGAGCAGCUGGCUGUGGAGGAGUUCCUGAGUGAGGUGCGUAGCAGGGAGCAGCCUCACAGUGCUGGGCUCGUCUCCCAACCGACAGCUGUAAAGUUUCUUAUGGCCCGCAAGUUCGACGUCACCAGAGCCAUCGACCUCUUCCAAGCAUACAAGAACACAAGAAUCAAAGAGGGCAUCAUCAAUAUCAACCCUGACGAGGACCCUCUACGCUCUGAGCUGCUGAGUGGCAAAUUUACUGUCCUGCCUGGCCGUGAUGCUAAGGGUGCUGCUCUAGCACUCUUCACCGCUCGCCUCCACAGGCCAGACGUCACCACUCACAAAGCUGUUCUGCAGGCCAUCAUCUAUCAGCUUGACAAAGCCAUAGAGAGUUUACAAACUCAAAAAGACGGGCUUAUUUUCAUCUACGACAUGACCAACUCCAGCUACGGCAACUUUGACUACGAGCUCUGUGUCAAGAUCCUCAAUUUGCUAAAGGGAGCUUUUCCAGCUCGUCUAAAAUGCGUCUUCAUCGUGUCAUCGCCUCUUUGGUUUCGAGCUCCUUUUGCUGUUCUCCGCCUGUUUGUGCGUGAAAAGCUAAGAGAGAGGGUGUGCACAGUGAAGGCUCAUGAGCUGGCGGGUCACAUCCCAGUCUCCUCCCUCCCUGAACACCUGGGUGGGACAUCUCAGUACAGCCAUGUGGCUUGGAUCCAGUCCUGUGUCAACACACACACAAACACUGUUCAGGGCGAUACACAAGACCACGACACACACGAUUGUGUGGGAAACUUGUUGCGCUCCUACAGCUUGGAGUGCAGCAACACAAGCGCAGGCGCUACACUGUCCCACACUCAUAUCAAUACACAGUUGGGCUCUGAGCAAGCCGUGGCUAACUCAAACUGCUAUGAUGAUAGCAAUGCUAACCCACACAACCACUGUGGUGUGAUGGAGGGCAGGACUCGAGGACAGUGCCAGCAGAGCCCGCAGUCUGCUGCAAACAGGCCGCAGGGGAACCACCAAUACUGGAACGGCUCAGCAGGGAUGGCUAAUGUUGCUGUAGGCAGCUCUAGUCCUAAUGCUAAUAUGAAUGGUCGUGGUCACCAAGCCCCUCCCCAGUCAGACACACCCCCUGACACACCGCAGUCCCAGAUAGGGGAUGGGGAUUCUGUUGAUGGAAAGGCUACAGACUCUGCAAACAUGUCCCAGAAUGAAGGUGGAAAGGAGGAGGAGGAGGAUGGUGAGGAAGAGGAGGGGGUCCCUCCCUUGCCCCAAAAAUCUUUGCCUCGCCCCCCUCACCAGCCUUGCUCCCAAUCCCCGCCCCUUUCUUCAUCAUGGGGUCCUGAUGAUGAGGACCACUGCAUCGAGGCGUCGGUUCACAUGCCAGAGCAGGGAGGCAUGACAGUGCGUGAGCUGGUGGAGCAUGUGAAGAGGAAGAAGAAGAAGGGGAUUUAUCAGGAGUAUGAGGAGAUCCGCAAGGAGCCGCCAGCAGGCACCUUCGACUACUCCAAAAAACUGUCCAAUCAGAAGAACAGGUACAGCGAUGUUCUCUGCCUGGAUCACUCACGGGUGCGGCUAUGUGAGCUCUGUGAUGAUGAAGAUGAUGAGACAUCAGAUUACAUUAAUGCCAGUUUCAUGGAUGGGUACAAGAGAGGCAACGCCUACAUCGCAACUCAGGGUCCUUUGCCAAAAACAUUUGGUGAUUUCUGGCGCAUGGUUUGGGAACAGAUGGUACUUAUCAUUGUAAUGACCACCAGGGUGGUGGAGCGUGGGCGUGUGAAGUGUGGUCAGUACUGGCCUCUGGAGGAGGGCAGGACUGAGCAGCAUGGAUGUUUUUUAGUCAGGAACACACACAUCCAGACGUUUCAGGACUUCAAACUCUCCCACCUCGAACUUUACAACACACAGUCUGGAGAAAGACGGGAGGUGUACCACUACCUCUAUCUCAGCUGGCCAGACUUUGGGGUGCCUAAAAGUGCUUCAGCCAUGUUGGACUUUCGUGAACACGUACUUCAGAGGAGGGAGGCUGCAGUCCAGAGUCUGGGCGCCAGCUGGACAGGGCCUCCUGGGGGCCCCCCUGUGGUUGUGCACUGCAGUGCUGGCAUUGGCCGAACAGGCACGUUCUGUACACUGGACAUCUGCCUGUCCCGGCUGGAGGACAUCGGCACAGUGAAUGUGCGUCAGACAGUGCAGCGGAUGCGUGCACAAAGGGCUUUCAGCAUCCAAACCUGGGACCAGUACUACUUCUGUUACACAGCAGUCAUUGAGUAUGCCCAGCGCAAUGGGAAACUGAGCCCUGUGCAGUGGUCUGACUCAGACCUGGAGACUGACAGCGAGUGAGAGACACACACAUAUCUACACAGAUAGAAAAGCAACAUGGGAUUGCCAACCCAAACCGAAGUCAUCGGAACGAGAGAGAGGAACAGCGUUUCUGAGUAGAGGAGGGAGGGGACUCUUCUGCCGUAAGGUUCAAGGAGACACAGAUCUAGUUUUGGCUCUUGAUGUAAUGAUGCAGACUCCCACAGUUCUUUACAUGAGCAGACAACCAGAGGAUGUGAUGCGCUGGAGAAAAAAAUAAUACAGGGAGUGGAGACUGUGCAUUUUGUCACUUCUAAACAAGCUGUCCUGCCAAUAUCCGAGCCCCUUUUUAUUUAGCAAAGUACAGGGGGACUGGGCCUGUCUUGACCUGAACCUGUCUUGUCAACGAGAAAGUUGUACGACUUGUAGCAUUUUUGUAUUGACUUGCACAUGAGGAAUGACAAACUUGAACUUUACCCCUUGAUGCCCUCUAAACCCCAGUCCUUUUUAUUUUUAAAUUUCUUUUUGUUCCUUUUUUACCCUGAACGAGUCUGUGAACACAGACCAAAUGUGAAGGGUAUGACAGGGCCACACUUGAAAAAAAAAAAGGUUUUCCUUUGUCUUUUGUUUUUUAGAGGAAAUGGUUUCUGUGUGAGCAAAUGGUCCUAUGUGACAGUAGAUAAGUGUGUGAGCCAUUAAGUCCAUUUCUUUUUUAUUUUCAAUUACCAUGUCCUCUUUUCUAUGGUGCAUUUUCUACGUGUGUUUCAUAUUUGUGCAUAUGUAGACUAACUUUUCAAAGCCAAAGUCCUCACCCUGAAUGCUUGGAUGUACUCCUUACUGAGAUAUUCUACAGACUGAAGCCCAUGUAUAUUCGUGUAACAUACAUUUAUACAUUAUUGUGCAUAUUAACAGCCUCUGACAUAAGAGCAAAAGAAGCCUUGUUUAAUAUAAUUGACUUAACCGUGACAAGAAAUAACUUUGUAGCAAGCCAGUCAAUGACAAGACAUAGUAGAGUUCUGAUAUUUAAACCGAUAUGUCAUAGCAGAUCUGUUCGAUUUGUUAGGUCUAACAUCCUCAUUACUGUCGGAGCGUUCUGAUUGGACAAUCUUAAGUAGUUUGGCCUUAACUUGAUUCACUGCCUCGUUGUUCUCAGACCUACACCAUAACUGAAACUUUAAAAUUAUCUUCUUCCCUUUUGUUCUUUUCCAUGUUUUGAAUCUUACUCCCAUGAUACCACAACUGUUGUGUUUGAUUCCUGAGGCUUAGUCGGCCUCAGAUGAUUGUGCCUUCAAGUAUUCCUUAGCUUAACGUCUCGGUAGUGUAGUAAUAACGCCCAAGCCAGUGCACUUGAAAAGUACACAUUGACUAUGUGUCACACAGGACACCCACAUUUUGCCUACAGUCCUGUGCAUAGUUCACUUCUUCUAAACAACAUAGAAGUAGUGUGUUACCUGGGACUAAGCUCUGGUUUGAGACACGGCUAUUCUUUUAUCAUUUGACCUCAGGGGGUAAUUCUAGUGUUUUUUGCCUAGUGUCAAAGAUCUGUUUCUGAGUUUGCCUCUGGUAAAUUAUCAUUUAAGAAAAAGAAACUAUAUCGACUUUAUUUUGUAUUUUUUACUGUAUUGUAACCUACUAUAUUUAUGUCUUUGUAAAACUUCUACAAUAUUGAAAUCAGUGAAUGUUGGUACGAUGCUACAAAGAAAAAACAGUUAUUGCAUUUGAUAAGCUGAACAAAUCACAUGGGGAUUGAAAUAUAUAUUUUUUGUUCACAAUGAAAUUUUGGUGGAAAAUGUGCUUGCCAAUGUAUUUUCAGAAACUGACUUGGGUAAAUGGUGAUUGUUCAGUUGUUGGACAGAAGAGGGGGUGGGGGGAAGCUAAUGAUUAUGUUUUUAGAGAGCGUAUUGUUAAACCCUUCAGUAACAAUUACAUUAAUGUCUUACUGUCUGGUACUCAAUGCCAAGGACAAAGCAAAAAAAGAACUAUCAAGGAAAAAAAAGCAAAAAAGACGAGGGGCUGCCAUUUCUGUUCACAAAUCCCCAGCUUGGUGUCUUUGAUGAAAAAAGUAUAUAUAAAUAUAUGUAGAAUGAGUUAAGGUUUAUCAGCAUGGAAAGAGAGCCUUGAAUGUUUUUCGGGGUAAUGGUGUCCGAUCAAUUUUAGGUGGAGACAGUCACAGAUAUUAUUGGUGAAUGUGGAACCUGCAUCCCUCAAAGCCAAAGGCCCAGGCUCACCCUUAAGAUUUCUGCCCUGUUACACAUCCUCAACAGCCUACUAGCAUGGACCUACCAAUGCAGCCUUGCAUCAACUGACAUGGAAAGACUCGGGAGCACCUCGGGAACAUUACUAAAGAUUAUGUAUAGUUACACAAUGGGAGAGUGUGUAUGUAUGUAAAAGAGUCCCCAUGUGACUUCUAAUAUGUUUUAUGAGUAACAGAGAAUGCAAUGUGCAUUUGUCAUCAGUGUUCAUUUAAUGUUCCUGUGCUUUAAGUUCUCGUGAUUGAAUUAUGGCCUUUUACAUGCUGUUAGCCCGGCUGUCCCAUUAAAGCAAUGGUAUUACUAUCUCGGAUGAGUACAAA